UUUUGUGUGAACUACAAGAUCUUGAAUGAGAAAACAAUUUUGAAACACUCUAUAUGUCGUCUGUCUAGUACAGUUGAAACAGCAAUAAAUUACUUCACAACUCAACACGUUUCGUGUCUCCUCAUAAGUUAUAUCUAUCUCGAAAAGAUUGUAAUAAAAAAUACAUAGAAGAAUCAGAUAGAAAAGACCUCCACGGAUCACAAAUCAACUUUGAUAACGAUUGCCGCUUGAUAUCACUUGUUUGUCUCUCCUCUACUUUUAUCUGUUUGUCACACGAGUCAACUGCAAAUAUAAUAAUGGCUGAUCAAAAUCAUGAAGGAGUAAUCAAUUUUGGCGCUGGUCCAGCUAAAUUACCACAUGAGGUUCUAAAAAAAGUGCAGAAGGAGUUGCUCGCAUAUGGAAACACGCAAAUCAGCAUUUUAGAGUUAAGUCAUCGAUCGAAUGACUUUAAAAAAGUUAUUGAUGAUGCGCAGGCUACUUUGCGAGACAUCCUCAAUAUUCCUGACAACUAUAAAAUCCUGUUCAUGCAAGGGGGCGGUACUGCCAUUUUUGCAGCUAUUCCUCUUAAUAUUAUGAAUACAGGAACUGCGGAUUAUUUAGUAACUGGCUCAUGGUCUGCAAAAGCGGCAAAAGAAGCAACGAAAUAUGGAAAAGUGAACAUGGUUUUGUCUAAUAUGACAAAAUACACAGAAAUUCCGCAUCCUUCCACAUGGAACUUAAACGCGAAUGCAUCAUAUGUUUAUUAUUGCGCUAAUGAAACUAUCCAUGGAAUUGAAUUUAAUUUUAUCCCGGAAAUAAAUGGCAUACCACUUGUUGCUGAUAUGUCAUCUAAUAUACUUACGAAACCUUUUGAGGUAUCUAAAUUUGCAGUAAUUUUUGCUGGUGCACAAAAAAAUAUUGGUCCUGCUGGUGUUACAUUAGUAAUCGUCCGAAAUGAUAUACUAGGUCGUGCUAUGGAUGUGUGUCCAACAGUGCUAAAUUUUACUAUUAUGGCGAAUGAUAAUUCUUUGCAUAAUACUCCUCCUGUUUUUCAAAUUUACGUGAUGGAUUUAGUAUUUGAAUGGAUCAAACAGAAUGGAGGAGUCGAAGGUAUGCAAAAUUCUGCCAGAAACAAGAGUAACAAAAUAUAUAAUGUGAUUGAUGGAUCAGAAGGAUUUUAUGUGUGUCCUGUAAAGUCAGAUGUACGUAGUAAAAUGAAUAUUCCAUUCAGAAUAAAAAAUGGUGACGAGGAAUUGGAAAAGAAGUUUCUUUUAGGUGCCACAGCUCGCGGUAUGCUGCAGUUAAAAGGUCACAGAUCAGUGGGUGGAAUACGCGCAUCUUUAUAUAAUGCAAUCACGGAAGAAGAAGCGGAAACAUUGGCCAACUAUAUGAAGUGGUUUUACGACAAACAUUGCAAAAAAGUUGAAAAAUAAUUGAAAAUUGACAAAAAUUUAAAAAUAUCUUGAACUUAUUAUUAAGAAGUGUUAUUUGUAUGCAUUUGCAUUGAAUUUUUAAAUAUAUUUUUCAUAUAUAAAGC